AAGGAUUAACUUGUUUCUAUGUCGCCACAUCUAUCACACUUUACACCGACAGCAAGCUUAGCUGCUGAAAGGUGAUAAAAGAGUAUAUUUAAGUGUCUUUUUUUAAGCUGAAACUGUCUGUGUUCGAAACUGUUGAAUGGCUACCAUGGAAGCGUACAGCAAAAUGUGAGGUGUCCGGAUGAGUUUGCAGUGCUGAUGUCCUGUCACACUGAUGGGGGCCGACAGCAGUAAAAGCAGGAAGAGGCCUGCUGAAGGGCAGGAGGAUGAAAACUUCUCAUCUGGGUGGCGGUGCUUCCUCUCCAGCAUGGGGCUGUCUAUCCCAGCAGGCAUCUGUCGCCUGGCCCAACCAGCCCUGCGCAUGGGUCAGCGACGAAUGCUCCAAGGCAAGGCCCCCGACAUCCCUGAUCACGUGCUGAGGUUGGCGGGAGUCGGCCCAGGCAAGCUGAGAGCAGAGUGGAGCCUGCCGGGGUUCAUUAUCAUGUUCCUGCCCGAAUUCCCCCAUAGAAAUGUGCCUGGGCACGAACACUUCCAGGUAAUGAGUUACAUCGCCAAAGGUUCGUUUGGGCCCAUUCUGAAAGUGAAGGACAAAGCCAAGCAGAAAACCUAUGCUGUCAAAGUUAUACCCAAAUCAGAGAUUCUAAGACUCGGGGUGUUGGAGCAGUCAAAAGAAGAAGUUAUUGUUCAGCGUCAGGUUCGCCACCCAUUUGUCCAUGACCUCCAGGACUGCUGGCAGACCCAGCGCCACCUCUACAUUAUGUGUGACUACUGCAGCACAGGAGACCUGUACACAUACUGGCAGAUGAUCGGUCAGUUCUCAGAGGACACGGUGCGAGUGUUUGCAACAGAGUUGGGAUGUGCACUCGGCUUUCUGCAUGACUUUGGGAUCAUUCACCGAGAUUUGAAGAUGGAGAAUAUCCUGCUGACAGACAAUGGACACAUCCGCUUAGCUGACUUUGGUUUGUCCCGUCGGCUGGAGAGAGGAGGAAGAGCUUUUACUAUUUGUGGAACCAUCCAAUACAUGGCCCCGGAGGUGCUCAGUGGCGGACCCUACAACCAUGCAGCUGAUUGGUGGUCGCUGGGAAUCCUGCUGUUCUCAUUGGUUACUGGGAAGUUCCCCAUGCCUCCAGAACCAGACCACUGCAGUAUGCUGAGGAAAGUCAGGAGUUUCCCCUACGAAAUGCCCCUCAGCCUCAGCUCCCCAAUGGCCUUGCUAUUAACGGAGCUUUUGUGUAAAACUCCCUGCCGCCGCCUAAAGACCCUUGAUCGUUUUAAACGCCAAACCUUCUUCCGGGGAACAUCUUUUGACCUCGCCCUGCUGCAGCGCCAGCCUGUGGAGGUGAUUCUGGAGCUGAGAGAAAGACCAGACCGACCGGCCAAAGCACGCCGAGGCCUAACUCUGUCUCUGCAGCCUCUCAAAGGCUUCGACUACGAUUCGUUUCUCAGCCCGCCCGCCACGCCGGACACACAGCUGGAUGCUGACACACACACGCACACAGCUGUACCACUCCCCUGGCCCAGCACUCCCCUGCAAUCUGCUCAGGAAAAAGUCCCACGCAGGGAAGUGUUUGUGUGACGGACAUUCAGUUUACAGUAUGGUUCGUAACACACUCAAAUCAAAGGCCUGUCAUGAUUUGAUAUAUGUACGUAUAUUUGCUGCACACUUAUUCACCCUUACACACAAGUGUGGUGCGCCUUUUAAAAUGUCUUAAAAAUAAUUUAUUGUUAUUUAAUUUGACCUUUAGUGUAGAAAGGAAUGAUUAAUUUGAUUAACAUUCGAAAAACUCCAUUUCCCCCCCUAAGAGUCAUACGUUUUUUUAAAACUUGUAUUGCCUUUCUCCAAUGAGCACCUUUUCAAGCCUCCUGCAUGUGCUCUACAGUUGUGCAACAAAGAAUGCGUUGUUUUUUUUCAGUUUUCAUGUGGCUGAUCAUGGUUUGAAUAAUUGACUACCUGUUCUCAGGGUUGCACCCGCAGGUUUCCCAUGUCAGCCUUGAUUUUGACACCCAUCUUACUUCCAGUUAACAUUUUGACAGAAACAACCUUUUUCUAUUAUCUUAGGCUGCCAUAACCCUAGCCUGUGAUCACACCUUUAGGCACUUACCUGAUCAUCAUAUUGUAUUAUGAUUGUGUAAAGUAUGCCCUGAAGUGUACCCAGAAUACCUCACAUCCUCAAUACCUGUGAUCCUGAGCUUAGUUUUUUGUCACCAAAAAAUGCUUAUUUAUACAUCCUCUUUAUAAAGUUUAUAUGACUAUUUUGGAUGCUAUUUGUUGUUAUAUGUUAUGUUACAGUGUAUUUUUGUAAUGACCAUAUAGCACAGCUGGAAUAUUAAACUGUUGCUGUACAGCGACUUACUGAU